CACGGGUUAGACUUCCUCAUUUCUCAUACACAUUAUUUUGUUGUUAGGUUGUGUGGUACUAACGAAAGAAAGAAACAAAACUGAAAAGUAUGAGCAGUGGAACCGGUCUUGCUGUUUCCCGAUCUUGCCCUUCUUUAUUAAAGCUGUUACCAUGGCGACGAGCGGGGUUAUAUCGUCUUGCAUCCGAGACUCCUUGUGCAUCAGUACAUGUGAAUGAGAAACACGAGGAAAAUCUGGAAAUCCAGGUCCCAAAACAUACACACAUGGCGCAUGGAUGUCGCAGUCCAUUACCAUUUUCUUCUAUACCUGGACCGUGGCCUUCUUUGCCACUCGUGGGGACUGGAUGGCAGUAUUUUCCUUGGGGUUUAGGUCAAUAUGAUAUUUUUAAACUACACGAAGCCAACUACGACAAGUAUAAGCGGUAUGGACAAAUAUUCAAAGAAGAAUUUCAGUGGCGCCAUCCAGUGGUACAAGUAUUCAACCCAACGGAUUUUGAAACAAUAUUCCGUCGUCAGGGAAGAUGCCCACUCAGACCAGUGAAUCAGUUUCUUACUUAUUACCGUCUGAGUAACCCAGAAAAAUAUACAAGUGUUGGGCUGGCAAAUGCUGUUGGAGAAGAAUGGUAUCGGUUGAGAAUAGCACUAGCUCCCGUCCUCCUGAAAAUGAAGACCUUACACCAUAGCCUGCCUAUUCUAAAUGAUAUAAGUAAUGACAUGAUCUCCUUACUUAAAAACUUGAGAGAUGAUAAGAGUCAUAAACUUGAAAACCUUCAGGAAGCUCUGUACAGACUAGUCCUUGAAUUCACUUGGAUGUUGUGUCUGGAAAGGAGGCUCGGGUGUUUAAACAGGGGGCUUGUUGAAAGCAGUGAUGGGGCUGUUAUGAUAAGUGCUGUUCAGAAGCUCUUUGAGGCCUAUCAUGAGCUAUACUUUGGACUACCUCUGUGGAAGUACUUCUCUACAGCAUCAUACCGUAAACUCGAUGAAGCUGAAAGUGACAUCUAUGACUGGAGGAGUUUUUACUGUAAGUUCUACUAUCUUAAUUAUCAACUAACAAUUAUUGAUUUCAUAGCUGGAGGAGUUUUUACUACUGGAAAUGCCAUUGUCUUGUUGCUUUAUCACAUGGCUAAAAACCCAGAUGUCCAGGAAAGGUUGUAUCAAGAAAUCUGUCAAGUUGCUCCUGAUGGAGAGAUUACAUCUGAACGUCUUGCUCGGAUGCCAUACUUAAAGGCUUGUGUUAAAGAAAGUUUUAGACUCAGUCCUACUAUUCCAGGAAUUAUGAGAAUUUUACCUGAAGAUGUAUGUCUUUCUGGUUACCAAAUACCAGCUGGUACUCCUAUCUUCACACAGUUCAUGGUAACUUGUCAGCUUCCCCAAUAUUUUCCCAAUCCACAUAAAUUUUAUCCUGAGAGAUGGAUGGGUGCAUUGAGGAAACAGAUUCAUCCUUUUAUUAUGCUACCAUUUGGAUAUGGGUUUCGAAUGUGUGCAGGUAGAAGGCUGGCAGAGAUGGAGAUGUACACUACACUUGCAAAGAUUGUAUACAACUUUCGUCUGGAGCACAGUGGAGAAGACGUUGACCUGAUUUGUGCCUUCGUUAUUGUACCCUCUAAACCUGUAGCAUUAAUUUUACGGGAUCGCUAAUGCAUGUGUUACUCAAAUCCUGUGCUGAUUGUACAAAACAUUUGUUUUAUUGUUCCUCAAUGAACCUUGUUGUACAAAAAUGUUUUAAUUUUUGUUUGUCAAAAUCUUGUUGUUAUAGGGUACUUAGUGUGAUGGCUAACACUUCAGAAAAAUAAGUUUAUUGGUUGUAUUAUGGAUACUACAUAUUAGCCAUUGUGAAUAUAUGGACACUUUACUAUGAACUGCUCCUUAAGGGGCCUUAAAAAUUAAGAAAUAGUUAUUUUAUGUUGUGUUCAUUUCUUAUGUAUAUGUAUUUUAAAUCCCUAUAGUACAAAAUGAGAAAGUUAGCUAUGUAUUUUUAUCUUGGUAAACAUUUAUAUAGAGAUAAAUCUUAUUUGUACUAUUCUAACUCUGACAUAGUUAUAUACAUGUACAGUUUUAUAUUUUUUGAUAAUGAGAGCUAGAAUGUGCAAUGUUGUGGUCAAACAGUCUUGUUCUUUACCUUUUAUUACUUUUCUGUUUUAAAAAAAAUUGACAAGAAAUUUUGCAUGAGGCAUUGUGAUUUAUCUUCAAGUUCUAACUCUUGAAUUAUUUCUCACAUAAACACACAUAAUACUUUCACAUAUUCAGAUACUCAGUUUGGUUCAGUUAAAGUUCAAUUCUUCAGAUAUUUUAAAAUACACACAAUCAGUUUGACGUAUCUUUAUAUUCAUUUUUAUCUUCUUUUUAAACUUUAAUCUUAAUCCUACCACACAUGACCAGGAGCUAGAGAUAGUCAUACUGAAUUGUCUAAGUUAACUUACUCAUCUAGUUUAGUUUGUGGAUCACUUUAGUUUUCAGACUAGACAUAACUAAUGUUGAGUUUUGAAGCCACUACUUUCCACCCCUUUAAGUUGGUCCAUUAUUACUAUUGAUUGUAAGAAGUAAACUCCAUGCUGAUCAGCUAUGAUCUGAAGGUCAAGUUGAUCUAUUACCACUGGUCACAAGAAUUACUCUUUAUGCUGGUCAGCCAUGAUCUGAAGGUCCCGUUUAUCCAUUAUUACUACUGGGAACUCUCUAUGCUGGUCAGCUAUGAUCUGGAAGUCAAGUUUAUUCAUUAUUACUAAUGAUCCCAAGAAAUAUACUUUAUGCUGGUCAGUUAUGAUCUGAAGGUCAAGGUCAAGUUUAUCCAUUAUUACUACUGGUCCUAAGAACUAAACUUUCCAUGUUGGUCAGCUGUGAUCUGAAGGUCAAGUUUAUCCAUUAUUACUACUGGUCCUAUGAACUAAACUUUAUGUUGGUCAGCUAUGAUCUGAAGGUCAAGUUUAUCCAUUAUUACUACUGGUCCCAAGAACUAAACUAUAUGCUGGUCAGCUGUGAUCUAAGUGUCAAGUUUGCCCAUUAUUACUGCUGGUCACAAGAAUUAAACUAUAAAGUUCAUCUGAGGGCUGUGACACCUAUAGGGAAUCCUAAUCUUAAACAUAGAAUAUAUGCUAUUCCAAAACUUCAUAUCCUUCCAUAAAUCAGUUAAAUUACUCUAGAGAAAAGCUUAAUGAGAGACAGAUCAAUCAUAAUUUGGGUAAAUUUAGACCAGACUGUCAAUCAGGCAUUGUUGUAUAGGUCAAACUUACCCAAUAUCUAGCUUGAUUUAAGUUUAUAUAAGAUUUCACUAUACAGGUUAAAAGGUUCUAGUCUGGUAAUUAAUCCAGCUAAUAGCAAGAUUUAACUAUACAGGUUUAAAACAGCCACAUUGAAAUAUAAGGUUUAAUAUUUAAUCUAACUGAUAGUAAAAUUUCUCUAUAUAGUCUGGAACUAAAGGUUUAGAAAAGCUAAUCCAACUACCAUUAAAAAUUUCUUUCCUAUCUUAAACACUUUAUUUAGGA